UUAGAUUAAUUAAAUUAAAUUGAUAUUGAUGCGUUUUAAAUCAAACUUCAUCCAUCACAACAAACUUCAAAUCAUACGUGUGAUGUUCACAGUAACGUUAUGUGUUGACAGUAUAAACUACGCCACCUGGUGGAGGAACAGGUAAUCAAGUUAGUCAAGGAUUCAGUGAUGGCGGUGCGUGUCAAAGCCUCGGUUAAUAAACCAUGUUGCUGUUCAGUAAGUCGGUGUUCGUCUGGUGCAUGAAUCCACAUCACAAACAUUACAUUGGCGACGAGGAGUAAACGGAAAUGUGCAUGAAGAGUUAACUGGGACACUCCUGUUUUCCCGAGGAGAAAAGAAGGGAAAAGACGAACAAGUGAACGAGUAAGGCUAGGCUAAGUUAGCUAAACUAACAAACAAAAAUACGUAAAUAGCAGUCGGCGCACCACAGCAAGCAUGGCAGGAAACACCGCUGCUCUCCCACCUUUCGACACAGAAACAGACCCAAGCUCUGUUGGACCUCGCUGGAAUAAAUGGGUGCAAAGGUUUGAAAAUUACACCACUGCAAUGAACAUUACCGGAGAUGUUAGGCUCAAAGCACUAUUGUUGCACAUAGCAGGAGAACGAGUGUAUGAUAUCUACGACACGCUAGCAGCAGAAGAUGACAAAUAUGCAGACACGAAGCAGAAGUUAUCUGGAUACUUCUCUCCCAAGAAAAACAUACAGUAUCAAGUGUACAUCUUCAGAAAAGCCACUCAAGAACCAGGAGAAAACUUGGACGGUUAUCACACUAGACUAAGGAUGUUAGCAAAGAACUGUGAGUUUGCAAAUGUUGACGCAGAGAUUAAAACGCAAAUCAUACAAAGCUGUGCAUCAUCCAGGCUGCGCAGGAAAGCACUGAGGGAGCCUGAACUAAGUCUAGAAGAGCUUCUUGACCAUGGAAGGACACUUGAACUGUCUGAAAUACACGCGACUGGCAUAGAAAGCGGCGCAACAGCUACAGUCAACAUGUUGGAUCAAAAGACUAAAGAGAAGCAUCCAAACAACAGCAGAUGGUCAGAAAAACGACGUUCUGACAACCGCUGCAGGAACUGUGGAGGUAAAUAUCCUCAUGAUGGAGAAUGUCCUGCUAAAAGUAAACAAUGCAGAGCCUGUGGUAAACUAAACCACUUUGCAAGACAAUGUCGUUCAAGAUUGAGAGACAUUAACACAAAACGACCACAGAACACAGCUAAUCAACACCCUAAGAAAGUACAUCACAUAACAAAGACUGCACUAGGUGAGAAACCAGAGCACAACUCUUCCAGCAGUGAUGAUGCCUAUGUUUUUGCAGUUGAUGCUGACAAGAUCUCAGAGCUGCCACAGACUCACAUCAAGCUGAACAGCAGUAGUAUGUUAGUUUUAAUCGAUUCAGGAGCCUCAGCGAACUGUGUCAGUGAAACAAGUUUUGAGAAACUGGUGCCACGUCCAAAACUCAGCCCCACCAAAACCAAGAUCUACCCCUUCCGCUCCAGUGUUCCACUGCCUGUUAGCGGUGCUUUCAAGUGCAGUGUGGAGAAAGGACAGAAAAAGACAAUGUGCACGUUUUUUGUGAUUAAAGGUGACGGAUUCAAUGUUCUCAGUUACAAAACAUCCAAAGCACUGGGACUGAUUAAAGUGGUCACAGCAGUAUCAUCCACACCACAGUGCUGCACAGUCGCAGAUGAGCUGGUGGAAAGUCAUCCUGAACUGUUUCAAGGCAUCGGAAAACUGAAAGACUUUCAGGUAAAGCUUCACAUAAAUCCUGACAUCAAACCUACAUGCCAGCCACACCGACGUGUGCCAUUCCACAUCCGCCAGAAGGUCGAGGAUGAGCUUCGGAAAUUGGAGGCAGAUGACAUCAUUGAGGAGGUCUCUGGCCCGACACCAUGGGUCUCACCUAUUGUCGCACCUCCCAAGCCCAAAGACCCUGACAAAGUAAGAAUUUGUGUUGACAUGCGCCAAGCUAACACAGCCAUAGAGAGAGAACGCCAUAUCACUCCCUCCAUGGACGACGUGAUACAUGAGUUAAAUAGAGCAACUGUGUUUUCCAAGCUGGAUCUGAGAGCUGGAUACCACCAGCUAGAGCUUCAUCCAGACAGCAGAUACAUCACCACAUUCACCACUCACCUCGGAUUGAGGCGUUACAAAAGACUGAGUUUCGGGAUAUCGUCCGCUGCUGAGGUAUUUCAGAAUGCCAUAUGCCAAACACUACAAGGUCUCUCUGGUGUGAAGAACCUCAGCGAUGACAUCAUCGUCUACGGUGCCUCCCAGACAGAACAUGACAACAACCUCCGAGCACUGUUCCAGAGACUCAGAGAAAGCGGUCUCACACUCAAUCGUGCAAAAUGUGAGUUCAACAAGUCUAGGCUCGAGUUCUUCAGUUUCAUCUUCUCAGCACAAGGUGUUUCAGCAGAUCCCAAGAAAGUUGCUGCAGUUCAGCACGCUGCAGACCCCCAGAAUCCAGGUGAAAUCAAAACUCUGCUGGGCAUGGCCAAUUAUUGUUCCAGGUUUAUCAAAGACUUCUCCUCCAUCUCAGAACCGCUGCGCAAGCUCACCAGAAAAGACACACCGUGGGCAUGGGGCCCAGAACAGCAAGCUGCAGUACAGACACUGAAAGACAGUCUAACCAGCGACACUACAAUGUCAUACUUCUACCCAGGCAGAGAGACAGAACUGAUUGUGGAUGCUAGCCCUGUUGGACUAGGUGCAAUCCUCUGCCAAAAAGAUGAAAAAGGGGUGAAGUACAUGGUAGCAUAUGCUAGUCGGUCCCUCAGCGAUGUAGAGAGGAGAUACUCACAGACAGAAAAGGAAGCACUGGCCAUUGUGUGGAGCUGCGAGCAUUUCCACCUGUACAUCUAUGGUCAUCCUUUCAUUCUAGUGACAGAUCACAAAGCACUGGAAAUCAUAUGGAACAAUCCCAGGUCAAAACCACCCGCCAGGAUUGAGAGAUGGGGACUGAGGCUUCAACCCUACAACUUCAAGGUGGAAUACAGAAAGGGAGCUGACAACCCAGCUGACUACAUGUCCCGUCACCCCAUCCGUUCUCAGGCAGGUGACAGCACAAGCGCAACAAAAGUAGCAGAAGAAUAUGUGAACUUCAUUGCGAGUCAUGCAACACCUAAAGCCAUGACACUCACUGAGAUCAAGACAGAGACACUUACAGACCCAAUCCUUCAAGAGGUCAGUACUCAUAUCAGAGACAACACAUGGCAUAAAAUUGUCCAGUCACGACAUGCUGACAUAUUAAAGCAGUUCAGACAAGUUAGCAGUGAACUAACAACAUCACAUGCAUCAGACAUUAUACUGCGGGGGACUAGGAUUAUAAUUCCCACUGCCCUGCAAGAUAGAGUGUUACAGCUAGCCCAUGAAGGACACCAGGGCAUUGUCAAAACUAAAGCACUACUCAGAACCAAAGUCUGGUUUCCAGAUAUUGAUCGCAAAGCAGAAGCAGUAGUACGUAGUUGUCUCGCAUGUCAGGCCAACACACCAGUUGCACAUACAGAGCCACUAAAAAUGUCGGUUCUGCCAGAAGCUCCCUGGCAUAGCGUCAGUGCAGACUUUUAUGGACCACUUCCAACUGGAGAGUACUUGCUCGUCAUCAUAGAUGAUUAUACACGCUACCCAGUUGUCGAGAGUGUAAGGUCAACCUCAGCGAGCACGGUCAUUCCGGUCAUGGACAAAAUCUUCUCCAUGUUUGGGAUCCCCAGAGUCGUAAAGACUGACAAUGGUCCCCCUUUUAAUAGUGACCAGUUCUCCCAGUUUGCAGACUAUCUAGGAUUCCAUCACCGCCGGAUCACACCACUUUGGCCUCAAGCCAAUGCUACAGCUGAAAGAUUCAUGCGCACACUGGGCAAAGCUAUUCGUGUAGCAGAAACACAAGGAGUCCCCUGGAAACAACUCAACAUCUUCCUACGUGAGUACCGAUCCACACCUCACAGCUCGACAGAAAGCUCACCUGCUGAACUGUUGUUCCAACGCAAGGUGUACACAAAGAUUCCUGCAUUCACUCACACUGCAAGUAACAGUUCAGACUCUGAAGUGAGAGCAAGAGACAACAAGGCUAAAGCCAAGAUGAAAUCUCAUGCAGACUCUCAUCGUCAUGCUACGUCACACAUUCUCACACCAGGUGACACUGUACUUCAUCGUCAGCCAAAGCAUAACAAGCUCACCACACCGUACAACAAUAAGCCAUACACGGUGACAAAAGUCAAAGGCUCCAUGGUCACAGCGGCCAGAAAUGGACACUUCAUCGUCAGGAACUCUUCAUUCUUCAAGAAGAUAACUCCUGAGCUAUUGGAAAUCCCACCAGAUCCUGUUGAUGAUGAUUGUGAUAACAGUGAUGCCUCUGCGAUCACAACAACGCCAAGAUACCCUUCAAGGCACAACAGACGUCCUCCUGUAUAUCUACGGGACUAUACAUAGCUUAUGGACUGUUGAAGUGCUUGUAAAUGCUGUUAAGACAGAUUUACUAUUUUUCCAUAUGGGUAUAGUGUUCAUACAGUCAAAGAGUUGUUGACAUGUGUUCAAUAUGUAAGACUAAGCCCAGUGUCAGAAUGUCAAAGCAUCAUAUUAGUAAUUGCUGUUAAAAAAAAAAAAAAAAAA